AUGGAAAUAAAAAGAUUGCCCAACGACGUGAUUUCCAGGAUUUCUGCAGGAGAAGUCAUUACAAGACCCUACAACAUCCUAAAAGAAGUCAUAGAAAAUUCACUCGAUGCAAACUCCACUCACAUAGCAAUUAAGAUUGGGAUAGAUGGCCUUUCCCUUACAAUCGAGGACAAUGGAGAUGGAAUACAUGAAGAGGACUUUGAACUUCUUUGCAAGCAGUACUGCACCUCGAAGCUUACCAAAGAAGAAGAUCUUUUUUCGCUGUCUUCCUAUGGGUUUCGUGGGGAGGCUCUUUCCUCCAUAAGCCGAUGUUCUAGGAUCCGAGUCAGGAGCAAGAGAAGAGAAAAUGAAAUUGGACAUGAAGCUGUGUACCGGGACACAGAAAUUGUAGCAAUAAAAGGCAUUGGAAUGAAGGACGGGUCUGUUGUUGAAAUCAAAGACAUCUUCUACAAUAAUAAGGCAAGGGAAAAGCAUUUUUCAAAGAAGAGAGAUGAGAUUCGAGAAAUGAUGUGGCUAGUUGGAAUAUAUUCUGUAUUCAACGAAGAUGUUUCUUUUGAUCUGUUUUAUGGAGGAAAGCUACAGGAAAUUCCAAAGUCCAAGAUGUAUUCUGGGAAGGACGGAAGUUCUAACGAAGAUAGAGUAAAAAUGAAGAUCAAGAUGUUGGAUGAGCUUUAUAAGGUAGAUGGGGAGCUUCUCUUUUUGUUUGAUGAAGGCCAUCUUGCUAUAUUUUCAACUCCUCAAUUCAGUCUAAAAAAAGGUGUGUUUAUUCUUUUUGUGAAUGGAAGAUUGGUUGUAAGCCAAGAGAUGAAAGAAGCUUUAUUUAAGGUGUAUAGGGGCCUAAUUUCCGACGAAAGACAACCUUUUAUAUAUCUAGAGCUGAAUAUAGAAAAGAGUAUGGUCGAUGUCAACAUUCAUCCGAGCAAAAGGGAAGUUCUCUUUACAAAUGAGGAAUCUGUAAUUCAGAGGCUAUACGAAUGCAUUGAAAACAAACUGAACAAGAUGAAUUACGAGCAAAAGACAUUGAGGCCGCUUCCAAGGGAAAGUAGCUUCCAAAGCCCAAUUAAAGUGUAUUCAGACCCAGCAUCCCAAUCUAUUGGCGAGUGUUUGGAGAAGGAGAAAACGGAAAGACGAGAGUUCAGUCUUUUUUCUCUUAAAAAGCUGAGGACAGAGAUAGUUGAGCUUGAUUCCUCCUUUUUUAAGGCACUAAACUAUGUUGGAGCGAAGGAUAGAGAUACUAUUUUGGUUCAGCAUGGCUCAUCACUUUUAAACUGCAGGACUGCUCUGCUUCUCAAGGAAUAUCUUUACCAAACUCUGAUAAGCGAUUUCGGGAACUUCGAAAAAAAGAAGACGCUUAUUCCAAUUGAAUCGGAUAUAGAAGAUAAUAUGAGAGCGUUACUCAACGACUACUUCUCUAUAGAGAUAGUUGAAAGGAAUAUUGUCAGCGUUCCUAUAAUAUCAACUAUUUGUAUAGACCUCCCUACGUUAUGGGCCGGAUUGGAUGUCAAAAAAGACUCUGAGUACGAGACAUUGAAAAAUAUUAUCAACACCAUAUCUACGCUUUACUCCUCGGCGGAAAUGUCUCCAAAGCUUUUUAACGUCAUUAAAAGAAAGAUUGUUGGAACAGAAAAGGCAUUGGAGUGUUUCGGACUUGUGGUGACACUCAAGGAACUCUACAAGAACUUCGAAAGAUGCUGA